GAACUCGUGAAGAAAUUUUUUGAUAACAACAUGGUGAAAUAUUUUAUCUAUCAACAUGAAAUUGUUGUAAAAUUCUAACCCGGCGUGUGGAGUAAAUUCCCUUCGUGUAUAUUUUUCUUGAUCGUGAUCACUUUGAUACCCUUCGGUCGCAGGUAAAAUAAAUUUUAAUGGGUAGUUUUUCGAAAUUAUUGCCGAAGGAUUCGCUACCAAAAUGGCAGGUAGCUUUAAUCGUAUCGAUACCAGUAGCAUUCGGCCUAGGAUACCUGUAUUACAAAUGUAACGUCAGCGAUAAGCAAAUAAUCGUAUCGAGUAAAGUGGUCAAGGAGAAGGAUCAGACAGAUGGCACCGUCAAGAAAGAUGUCGAAGCUCCUAAACCGAUCAAAAUUCUUACUCCAGCCCAAGAAGCUGAGAAAAUAAAGAACGAAGGCAAUACGUUCUUCCGGUCUGGAGAUUACAACGAAGCGAUACGUUGUUAUACAGAAGCAAUUGCGAAAUGUCCCGAAAACGAUACCCAAUUGAAGUCUACAUUUUUCCAGAAUAGAGCUGCGGCAUAUGAACGUUUGAACGAUAAUGCAAAAGUAAUUGAAGAUUGCACGACUGCUUUGAGCUUAAAUAAACGAUACAUUAAAGCGAUGUUGAGACGUGCUAAGGCUGCUGAAAGAGAGAAUAAUUUGGAUUUAGCUCUGGAAGAUCUCGCUACUGCGUGUUUAGUUGAUGAGUUCCGAAGUCGUGAUAGUAUCGCCGAACUGGAUCGUAUUGCCAAAGCUACCGCCUCUAGGGAUGUCGAAGAACACACAUCGAAGAAUGUUACCAGAUUACCUUCUAGAUUUUUCAUUAAAACGUACGUUUCAACCUAUCAGCAUGGUUCAGCUCUCGAUAAACUCGAUCCUAAAGAUGAAGUAGCUGCUAAAUUAGUAGAGGAAUUCAAAUUAAUCGAGCAAGCUUUAUUAUCGUGCGAAAAUAUCGAAUCCAAAUGCGAAGAUUUGAUCAAAAAAUGCGAAGAAGCUGGUCAAGAAUUGAUCAAAAUCGAAAUCCUCCUUUUACGCGCCACUUACUACAUUCUAUCGAAACAGAACAGUAAAGCUUUCGUCGACUUGGAGGAAAUUAUCAAUCGAGAAGACGUUGAUAAAAGAGUCAAAGUGAACGCUUUAAUUAAACGAGGUACUGCUCAUCAACAUCAAGGUGAUAAUGCCAAAAGAGAAGAAGACUUCAAAAAAGCAAUCGAAGUAGAUGAGAAUAAUCCAGAUAUUUAUCAUCACCUCGGACAAAUCCAUUUAAUCCUAGAAAACACAUCCGAAUCUGUGGAUAAUUUCAGAAAAGCUGCAGCUCUGGAUCCAGAUUUCCCUGUAACUGUAGUUCAGCAUUGUUACGCUGAGUUUAAAUAUGCUGUUUCGACUCGUGAUACCGAUGCGAUGUUACAUUACUUGAAAGAAUUCCAAAAUAUUUUAAAUCGUUUUCCAGGGAACAUCGAAUGUCUUACUUUAUACGCUCAGGUUUUGACUGAACGACAAGACUAUGCCGAAGGUGAGAAACUUUUCAACGAGGCGAUUCAAAGAGAACCGAAACACGCUGCUUUAUUGGUUCAUAAAGCCUUAUUACUUCUUCAAUGGAAAGCUGAAAUCGAACCAGCUAAAAAAUUAAUUCACGAUGCUUUGGAAUUAGAUAACGACUGUGAAUUCGCUUACGAAACUAUCGCUACGAUUGAAAUGCAAAUGGGUAACUUUAGUAAAGCUGUUGAAUACUUCAACGAAGCCAUCAAACGUUUUACAUCACUGGAAGAAUUAUAUCAUUUAUUCUGCGUAAGAAACACAUCUCUUGCUCAGAUCAGAGCAGAGGAACGCGUUGGUCGUCCAAAUUUCCCGGGUUCUUUUCCUAACGUUUAGUUAAUUUCAGGUUUUAAAAUUUAUAGUUCAACGUUUAACUUGUUAGAAUUUUCCUCUUUUUUUUAGUACGCGAACUGAAUGAAUCGUGUAUGUAUCCUUAUUUUCAAGAAAGCAGGCCAACGAAGCAGUGUUUUUUUAUCGUUUAAAUGUAAAUUUUUUACGUUGUUUUUCACGUUUCUUGUUUUUUUUUCAGUGUUGUCGAUGUACAACUGAUUUUUAAUUUAUAUUUUAACUGCCCUGUCUGUAAAAUAGAUGGUGUGUUUUUAGGGAUUGAUUUUUUUUUUAAUAUCUCUGACCUGUUUGAGCUGAGGAUUCGUUUCGCUUUAUUUUUUUUUCGAUACGUUUAUUUUAUGCUUUAGUGUAUCAUUUAUAUUGCAAUUUGUCAAGUCAAGAAAUCAAUAAUAAGUAAUGUUUCUA